AUGCCCGUCAUGCUCCAGACGCCCUCACGAGCCUCCACUGCCUCUUCAUCUUCUUUCCAGAACCUGUCACGUCAAAACACCAUGUCAUCCUACGAUGGCACGCGCUCUGCGCGCCAAUCCAAGCGGUACUCCAUGUCCGCGCUGUACAUGUCCAUGUCAGCAAACGAGGGAGAAAUGCAGAUUGAGGAUGAACUUGCCAAAGCUCAAAAGGCUCUCCGCGAGCUCAAGUCCAAGAUCUCGUCGCAGUCCAAGAAGAACUUCGUGCUCGAGAAAGACGUGCGAUACCUCGACUCGCGCAUCGCGCUCCUGAUACAGAAUCGCAUGGCCCUGGAGGAGCAAAACGAAGUCGCCAGUCGCCUCGAGGAGGCUGCUGAUAUGCAGGAGGGAUUCUUUCCCAACGAUGAUAAGACGCAAAAAUAUGGAAACCUUAUGUUUCUCCUCCAGUCCGAGCCGAGACACAUUGCUCACCUCUGCAGGCUGGUUUCCAUGGCUGAGAUUGAUUCGCUUUUGCAGACCGUCAUGUUCACAAUCUACGGCAACCAGUAUGAGAGCCGAGAGGAGCAUUUGCUUCUCACCAUGUUCCAGUCUGUCCUCACCUACCAGUUCGACAACACGCCCGACUACUCCUCCCUCCUACGAGCCAACACCCCCGUCUCGCGGAUGAUGACCACGUACACCAGACGUGGACCGGGGCAGAGCUUCCUCAAGACAGCGCUGGCCGAUAGAAUCAACAGCCUGAUUGAGCUCAAGGACCUCGACUUGGAGAUCAACCCCCUCAAGGUCUACGAGCGCAUGAUUGAACAGAUCGAGGAGGACACUGGCACCCUGCCACCCAACCUGCCCAAGGGAAUCACUGCCGAGCAGGCCGCCGAGAACCCCCAGGUCCAGGCCAUCAUCGAGCCGAGACUGACCAUGCUGACGGAAAUCGCCAACGGAUUCCUGACAACCAUCAUCGACGGCUUGGAGGAGGCUCCGUACGGUAUUCGCUGGAUCUGCAAGCAGAUUCGUAGUCUGACGAAGCGAAAGUAUCCGGACGCCAACGACCAGGUCAUCUGUACCCUGAUUGGCGGCUUCUUUUUCCUGCGUUUCAUUAACCCGGCCAUCGUCACGCCAAAGUCGUACAUGCUCAUCGACGGGACACCGGCCGAGCGUCCGCGUCGUACCUUGACUCUCAUUGCCAAGAUGCUCCAGAACCUGGCCAACAAGCCAUCGUACGCCAAGGAACCGUACAUGGCCAAGUUGCAGCCCUUCAUCCAGCAGAACAAGGAUAGGAUCAACAAGUUCAUGCUCGAUCUCUGCGAGGUUAGCGACUUUUACGAGAGCCUUGAAAUGGACAACUAUGUUGCGCUGUCCAAGAAGGAUCUUGAGCUCGACAUCACACUCAACGAAAUCUACGCCAUGCACGCUCUGAUUGACAAGCAUCACCAGGAGAUAUGCAAGGACGAGAACUCGCAUUUGGCCAUCAUCAUGUCCGAGCUUGGCCCUGCCCCUGCCCAGCUUCCGCGAAAGGAGAACAGGGUCAUCAACCUGUCGCUGUUCAGCAGGUGGGAGACAGCCAUCGACGACCUGACGGCUGCGCUCGACAUCACGCAAGAGGAAGUGUUCUUUAUGGAAGCCAAGUCCAUCUUCGUGCAAAUUAUGCGCUCCAUACCGCAUAGCAGCGCCGUGUUGAAACGGCCCCUCCGUCUGGAACGGAUCGCAGACGCUGCUGCCACGAGCCGCAACGACGCCGUCAUGGUCCGCAAGGGUAUUCGAGCAAUGGAGUUGCUCUCGCAGCUGCAGGAGCUUGGCGUCAUCGACAAGAGCGAUCAGUUCGACCUUUUGCGAGACGAGGUGGAGCAGGAGCUGCAACAUCUCGGUUCCCUCAAGGAUGGAGUCCUUGUCGAGACGCAGAAGCUCGAGGAGGUGUACAAAACGAUUCGCGAUCACAACACCUAUCUCGUUGGCCAGCUCGAGACAUACAAGAGCUAUCUCCACAACGUGCGAUCGCAGAGCGAGGGGACAAAGCGGAAGCAGCAAAAGCAGCAAGUGCUCGGACCGUACAAGUUUACGCACCAGCAGCUCGAGAAGGAGGGCGUGAUCCAGAAGAGCAAUGUUCCGGAUAACAGACGGGCCAACAUCUACUUCAACUUCAUCAGCCCCUUGCCGGGAACGUUUGUCAUUUCGCUGCACUACAAAGGCCGCAACCGUGGGUUACUGGAGCUGGAUCUCAAGCUUGACGACUUGCUGGAGAUGCAGAAAGACAACCAGGACGAACUCGAUCUGGAAUACGUCCAGUUCAAUGUGCCCAAGGUCCUGGCCCUGCUCAACAAGCGCUUCGCCCGAAAGAAGGGAUGGUAA